AUGGACCAAAACGCAGUCUACCAGCUCUUUGUAGCAACAUACCAGCCAGACCCAAGUGUCCACAAACAGGCAGAAUUGAAUCUUAGAACCAUUGAAUCUCAUAAUGGAUUCCUCCCAAUUGUCCUGCGAAUUCUCGCUUCUGAAAGUCUUGAACUUGGUGCUCGUCAAGCAGCUGCUAUCUACUUCAAGAAUAGAAUGAACAAGGCCUGGGAUCGCAGCUCGCAAGCCACGGCACCCAUCAAUGAAGAAGAUAGACGCAUGGUCAAGCAAGCUUUGCUUCAGGCCCUUGUCACAGCACCUAACGCAGUCAAGGUCCAGCUCACAUCAACCCUCAACACAAUCCUCAGCAACGACUUCCCUGAAGAAUGGCCCGAGUUUGUCAACGAGCUUCAACACUUUUUAUCUUCCUCAGAUGUUCGUUUGGUGUAUGUUGGUUUGUUGGCAUUGCGCGAAAUUAUCAAGGUCUACGAGUGGAAAUCUAUGGAACGUCGUGAACCUUUGAAGGAGAUCAUCAAGCUCACUUUCCCUGGGAUCCAGACCAUCGGUACAAACUUGCUUGGAAACGACAGUAUUGAGGCUGCCGAGAUGCUCAAGCUUGUUCUCAAGAUUUAUCAUGGUGCUAUUCGUGCUGAGUUGCCCAAGUGCCUUCAGGACCCUGCUUCUCUUGUGUCCUGGGGAACCCUCUUCCUCCAAUUGGUUGACAAGCAGAUUCCUGUUAGCGUAUUGCCAACUGAUCCCGAAGAACGUGAGAAGUAUCCCUGGUGGAAGACCAAGAAGUGGGCCUACCACUGCUUGAACCGUCUAUUCUCCAAAUAUGGUAAUCCCGCUCUUUUGCCCCCAAGUGGUGCCAAAUAUGCUGGCUUUGCAAAGAGCUUUGUCUCAAACUUUGCUCCCAACAUUCUCCAGACCUACCUCAAACAGAUCGAGGGCUGGAUCAAAAAAGAGAUCUGGAUUGCUACAAAGUGUCUUGGUCUCAUUGCUUCUUUCUUCGACGACAGUGUCAAGCACAAGAUCACUUGGCAGAUCAUCAAACCCCACACAGAGACCCUUGUUGCUCACUUUAUCUUCCCUCAGCUCUGCUUUUCUCCCGAAGACGAAGAACUCUGGUCCGAUGAUCCAGUCGAAUAUGUCCACAAAAAGGUCGAUCCAUUCGAGGACUUCCACUCACCUCAGACUAAUGCUGUCAACCUCUUGGUUGUCCUUGCGCGCGACCGUAAGAAGCACACCUUCAUGACCAUCCUCAACUUCAUCAACACAGUCCUCAACAAAUAUCUCGAAACCCCAGACGCCCAGAAGAACGGACGUGAAAAGGAUGGAGCCCUGUCGAUGAUUAGCUGUCUCGCUCACGAAAUCCUCAAGAAGAAAUCUCCUGUUGCUAACAUGAUGGAACCUUUCUUUGUCACUCACGUCUUCCCUGAAUUCAAGAGUCAGUUCCCCUUCUUGCGCGCCAGAGCUUGCGACAUGGCUCGCCACUUCAGUGAUCUCGACUUUGCCAACCCCCAGAACCUCGCUACUCUCUACCAGAAUGUCCUCGACUGUUUGCGUGAUGGUGAGUUACCUGUAAAGGUCCAGGCUGCUCUCGCCUUGCAACCCAUGAUCCGUCACGAAAGUGUUCGUGAGGCCAUGGUCCAAAGCCUUCCCUUUAUCAUGCAGGAAUUACUUAACCUGACAAACGAAAUCGAUAUUGACACUCUCGCAAGUGUUAUGGAGGAAUUUGUUGAGGUAUUCGCCGAGCAGCUGACACCCUUCGCUGUCCAGCUUUGCACACAGUUGCGUGAUACAUUCUUGCGUAUUAUGGAAGAUAUUGCUCAGAAUAGUAAUGCCGCGACUGCCGACGACGAUCAGUCCUUCCAGGGCGAUAUGGAUGAGAUGAGCGACAAGACGAUGGCUGCAAUGGGUGUUCUCAAGACAAUCGGUACCUUGAUUUUGAGUCUCGAGAGCAGCCCGGAUGUGCUGCAACAAUUGGAGAACGCCUUGUUGCCCGUGAUCACCUACACCCUCAACAACCGCAUCCUGGACUUGUUUGACGACAUCUUUGAAAUCAUUGACUCUUGUACAUUCUCUGCCAAGCGCGUCACACCAACCAUGUGGAGUGUAUUUGAAUUGAUCUAUAAGGCAUUCAAGGAGUCUGGCAUCGACUAUAUGGAUGCAAUGCUCCCUCCUCUUGACAACUAUAUCUCAUACGGCAAGGAUGUAUUUGUUGCAAACGAGAGUGUUCAGCAGAUGAUGUUUGAUAUCAUUGACACUGUCAUGAAGAGCGAACGUCUCGGUGAACAGGAUCGUGUCUGUGCCUGCAAGUUGAUGGAAUCUGUUUUGUUGAACUGCCGUGGUCAUGUCGAUAGAUGUGUAGCACCUUUCUUGAACUUGGCAUUCCAGUUUAUAUUCACUGGCUCUAUGAAGACUACAGAGUUCAAGGUUCACUGUAUUGAAGUGGUUAUCAACUGUCUUUACUACAACCCUAUCUUGACUCUCCACCUUCUUGAGGAGAACCAGUGGACCCAGGGCUUCUUCACCCUCUGGUUCAACACCCUUGACAAAUUCUCUCGUGUUCACGAUAAGAAACUUGUGAUUGUAUCCCUUUGCUCCCUUCUCGAGCUCCCUGCUGAACAGAUUCCAUCAUCUCUCCAAGCCGGCUGGCCCCAGGUUUUGGCUGGUAUCAUCAAUGUCUUCAAGACUCUUCCCAAGGCUAUUGAGAACCGUCAGGGCAUGGAAGAUUUGUAUGGAGAAGGGUUUGAUGGAGAUGAUUUUGAUGACGAGGAGUUGAGUGGAUUUGAAGGUGCAUUGAGCGGUGAUGAUGAAGACUUUGAGGAAGAUGGAGAUGAAGAUGUUCCUGAUGAAGACAACGAAUACUUGGAAUAUCUUGCUCAACAAGCUUCAAGCCAUGCGAAUGAUUCCGAGUUUGAUGACUUUGAUGAUGAGAUGGAAGAAGAAAUCUUGUUUGAAUCACCUUUGGACGAGAUUGAUCCCUAUGUGUGCUUUGAAGAGGCAUUUAGAGGCAUGCAGCAGACCAACUCUCCCUCUUAUACCUUGCUUACCAAAGAUCUUGAUGCCGAGCAGCAGAACUUUAUCCUAUCAAUCCUUGCUACUGGUGAAAAGAACCGAACCCAACCUGCCGUGUCAGCUUAA